GAAAGUUUGUGCUUCUCAGUAGUUACUUAACAAGAUGUCUGAGCCACAACGGAAGCGUGAUGGACAGGAACUGCACUCGGGAGCUGCAGUCUACUUCUCUAAUCCUCUAAUGAGUGAUGCGGAGGCAGACUGGGCUGCGGUACAUGAUGCUGCUUUCAAUGGGAGACUCUUGGUUUUGCACGGCCUUACCAGGCAGGUGAAUGCCUCCACGAUGAGUGGAAGUGCUCCUCUCUCUGAGGCCUCCAGCAAAGGCCAUGUGACCUGUGUUAACCUGCUGCGUCAUCAUGGAGCUACACAUCAAACCCCUAACCCGUCAACAGAGGAAAAGUUCAUCACCCCCAACAGAGGAACAGCUCCCCCCCCCCCCCCCCAUUCUAGUAGCGGUAACCCUCCCACAAUCUAGUGUUACCUUACUUUUGCCUGCAGUAUAGUUCAUCCUUCAGCUAGAUAAGACUCAUCUGCAGUAUGAGUUCUGUUACAAGUAACAAAUUUUAGCAUCAAACAGAAAAAAUAAACUACUGCCCAAUGAGGAAAUGUUCAGACAGGUAUUAUUAUACUGUUAAGCACUUAUAAAUUUUACUUUAAAAUA